AUGCCACUGGAGCCAGUUCCAUUAGUUGACAUUUUGCUGUAUGGUGUGCUUCAAGAUCGCAUAACAGCUCAUCGCGCUAAGCCACCCGUUUUCGAGCUUCUUCUGGCUGCUUUUAUAGGCGUUUAUCUGUCAGUUUUCUAUUUUUUCACUCUUAAUUUUCACUCAACCCUUGAAACAGCACUGGCAAAGCUGAAAAAGCUGUGA